AUGUGGAAAAAGUGGUUAAAAGUGCAGCAAAUGCAAGAGACAUUGGUUAUCUUUCGUCGCAGUUUACUUUAUCAGACCAAAGAAUUCUUUCAAAAUUCUACACUUCAUGGUGUGCGUUAUAUUGCAGAGUCGGGACGACCUGCUGGCGAAAAAUUUAUGUGGUUUUGUUUUACAUCAAUUGGUGCGGUCACAGCAUUGGUGAUUAUUAUGAGUUUGUGGGAGAAAUUUCAGACAAAUCCUACUAUAACAGGUCUAGAUACAGAUUUCCAUAACCAAAAUGUGGUUUUCCCAACGACCGUUGUAUGUCCUGAAAUUGCCUUCGACCAUGACAAGUCAUUUGAGGUGGCCCUUAAUAAAUUGGCCAACUAUGACCCUUCUUUGGCUGGCUACAUAGUGCCCUUUUUGGAGCUCUUACCUUCAUUGUCCUUUGAGACCUUCAAUGAGGCCGAAGUUAUUGCAAGCUCUGUGGACAUGGAAGGUGUCAAUGAUCUAACAUUACGUCAAUGGGCUUUUGCGUCUGUCAUCAACUGUGAAGAUGUCCUAACUGAAUGUAAAUAUCGUGAUGAACCCAUCAAAUGUUGUGAUGCAUUUCAUCCCGUCUAUACCGAACAUGGCUAUUGUUUUGGCUUUAACAGUCGUUUUAUCUCUACAGAGGAUGGGGAUGUAAAGUCGGGACCACCACAUGACUUGUAUGAAACCGAUAAGAAAUGGGCCUUAUUUUUUGUACCCAACAGUACGGUAAAGAUCUUUAUAUUCUCUAAUGAAGAAUACUUUGGCCAGGACUUUAAUCCUCAAAUAGAAUGGUCCGAAGGUGAGGUAGUUGAAGUACGUAUAUCUAAAAAGAACACCUAUACUACGGAUGAUGCUCGUCAGCUGUCCAUUGGGCAACGCAAAUGCAUUUUCCACGAUGAGGUCAAACUGAAAUAUUUUCCCGAAGAAUAUACAUUUUCAUCCUGCAUGAAAGAGUGUCGCAUGAAAAAGGCCAUUAAUUUAUGCAAAUGCUUACCCUCCUUUUACAAGCCAGUUUCCAGUGUACCCAUGUGUGGUCUAGACGAAUUGUCCUGCUUGAGUGAUGCUCGCAAUAAUAUAACCAACAUCAAGGACUGCAUGCAAUGUGAAUUGAGUUGUUCCAAAACCGUAUACAACAUAGAGAAGCUAAUAAAGAGCGGGGACCGUGCCGAUGCCUCAGGAGUGCUGGUGGAAUUUUUAACUUGGCCCAUUAUUCGUUACAAACGUGAAGUUCUUUUUGGAUGGGUAGAUUUAUUGGUCUCUUUUGGCGGUAUUGCCAGUUUGUUUUUGGGGUUUUCUUUACUCUCGGGAGUAGAGAUAAUCUACUAUUUCACCUUAAGGGCUUGUUGCAUGGUCUAUAAGAAUCGUCAAGAACUCUAUGAAAUCGAACAACGUAUACAAUGCGAACCCCCACCACCAAUCAAUAUGAGUUUGCGCAUGAAGUCUUAUGCAGCCCCCAUUGUAGUUAUGGAACAAGAUCCCUUAAAUGAUGAAGUCAAGACAUUGGUAAAUAACCCAAGCGAUAAUCCACCAGACUAUGAAGAGUUUGGAAGUCGUCGACGCAAAGCAGAUAAGGAUUAUUCAACUUUUGCAAAAUCGUUAUAUAAGACUCCCAAAAUUCUACCCAGUUAUGCAGAUGCUUCAAACUCAACCUGGGAGUUUGGACAAUAUUUACCAUAAAAUCGAAAUUGAAUAUUUGGCUCGUCUCAGAAUAUUUAUGAACAAC